UUGGGUUCUUGGAACUUGAACAUUUCCAGCAAGUGAUCUAGAUUAUUUUUAACAAUUCCAGCAAGUGAUCUAAAUUAUUUUGCUCCGAAUCUGGUGUAUUGGUAUUUUUCGAACUUGAACUUUUCGGCUAUCGGUGUACAUUGUGCAUAAAUUACAAUAAAUCUAAAACCGGAACAUCAAUUGAACAGGCACUUGCCAUUGAAGGCAUAGAGCAGGUGACGCACAUUCGCUAGAGCUUCUCGAUUUCAACUCAAAAUGUGAACUGUGGGCGCCGCAGAAAACUGUUUAUUCUGUCACUAUUUAUUUACCCUUCCAAUUGACGGCGAAUGCCACAUUCGUCGUGGAUGUUUCAGAGAGGAAUCAAAUCAUAGUUCAUCGCAGAGUCCCAUUCUAUUCCAUUUUAAUCUUUCUAUUAUAUAUUGCAUAUUUAAUUGUUUUUCGUUCGCCCCGCUGUCAGAGCAGUUAAGUGUGCCCCUCGACUAAGAGUUUUUUUGUGUGAAGAUUGCAGCAUUUCCUUCAUUCUAAGCGUGUCGACGCGGCGUGUUUCAAGGCGUGCGCAUCGGUUCGACAGCUUCGGAACGUUGCUAACAGGCAAUCAAGUGCAGAAAUAUUGUGCAGGCGCGUUAAAAGUCUUCGAGAGAUCAGCCAGCCUAAUCCGGCGAAUUGAGUGUAGGCAUGAAAUGAAGACCUACCGAUUCGUCGUUUGAAGUGCAGUUCUAAUGAACAAGUAAACAAUACAAUUGACUGUGUGUGUGCAUAUGUUUGCUGGUACCAACAACUCGCUACAGCAACAUAAACGACGUUCUUCGGCCGUACCGCCAAGUUUCUCGGCUUUCAACCAACUCUGGGAGAAAAAAACGUCGCCACUUACAAACUGCGACAAGAAGCAAUCGGCGGACGAAGAAAAUAAGCGGAAAAGCGUUGUGAACUUUCCGGUAGCGAUGGGAAUUCCUUCGUUGGUGCUUGUGACUCUGACAGCACAGCUUGUUCUAGUUUUCGCACAGCAGGAAGUUAUCGUAGAUAUCGAUGAACCAGGAAAAACCCAGUACCACGAAGCAAAUUUCAACACAAGUGCAUAUCAAUUCGGAUACGAAGUUGGUCCUAACGGUCAGUUUCACCAUGAGACACGUGGCCCAGAUGGUGUCACAUACGGCUGUUACGGGUAUAUCGAUCCCAACGGGAAACUACGGGUAACACAUUACGUAGCAGAUUCUCACGGAUACCGGUUGGUGGAACCGAAUCGUCCGGCUGAAAUAUUCACCGAUGCUCCAACGCAGUACAGCAACUCGAUAGCUGACGACGAACCAAAAGUACGAAAACGAGGUCAAAUGGUCGAGUGGCGAGAUCUUUACCUACCUCGAGGAUGUGGCAUGUAUCCGGGAGGUAUGCGACCGGAUGGUCCACCUGCAACUACCGCACGACCCACCCCCACACCUUCAAGACCCCCCGGCGGCACUGGUACCUCUGGUGGAAGUGGCACUGGUAAUCCUCAAGGUAUUUUCAAUUCCCAUUUCAGAUUGCUCACUAGGUGCGGUUGUCCGAGUGAGACUUUAAUUUUUCUUCCAGCUCCAGCAACUUCCAGACCGGGACAGGGUGGUCAAGGGCCUGGUUCUGGAUCAAAUCAAGGACCUGGGCAAGGACAGGGACAGCAACAAGGACAGAACCAGGGACAAGGACAGGGGCAAGGACAAGGGCAAGGUCAAUGGCAAGGGCAGGGGCAAAAUCAAGGACAAGGGCAAGGACAAGGUCAAUGGCAAGGACAAGGACAACAACAAGGACAAGGUCAAUGGCAAGGACAGGGACAGCAGCAAGGACAAGGACAACAACAAGGACAGGGACAAGGGCAGGGACCAGGACAAGGACAGGGACCAGGACAAGGACAGGGGCAAUGGCAGGGACAAGCCCAAGGACAAGGGCAGGGUAAUCGCCCUGGAUCAAAUCAGGGACAAGGACAAGGGCAAUUGCAAGGACAGGGGCAGGUACUAGGACAAGGACAAUCACAAGGCCAAGGACAGGGACAAGGGCAAGGGCACGGACAACCACAAAGUCAAGAACAGGGGCAGGGAAACAGACCAGGACAAGGGCAGGGACAAUUGCAAGGACAAGGUCAAGGACAAGGGCAGGGUAAUCGUCCUGGAUCAAAUCAGGGACAAGGCCAAGGACAAUGGCAGGGACAAGGACAAGGCCAAGGUAAUCGUCCUGGAUCAAAUCAGGGACAAGGACAAGGGCAAUCCCAAGGCCAAGGUCAAAAUCCAGGUUCGAAUCAAGGUCAAGGACAGGGAGAAAAUCAAUCGGGCUCUGGCCAAAGUCAACAACAAGGCGGCAACUGGCAAAAUCAAAAUCAAGGAGGCCAGAGUCAGGAGCAAACGUCACCUUCCGGGUCAGGACAUCACCAUCAGGGACAACAUCAAGGCUCCCAUCAAGGACCUAUCAGCUCAGGACAACAUCAGGGCCAACACCAAGGUAGCCAUCAAGGCUCAUCUGGCCAGCAUGGUGGGCAGCACCAAGGAUCUCAUCAAGGACCCGUAAGCUCGAGUGGACAUCAAAAUCAGCACCAAGGAAGCCAUCAAGGAUCAUCCGGUCAACAUGGUGGACAACAUCAAGGCUCCCACCAGGGUCCUACUAGUUCAAACCAAGGUCAAGGUCAGCAUCAGAGUAGUUAUCAGGGUGUUGGUCAGGGAUCUCAUGGUAACCAGCAACAGGGAUCACACCAAGGACCAGUUAGCUCUAGCCAGCAGCAGAGCCAACACGGAAGUAGUCACCAGGGAUCAUCAGGUCAGCAUGGCGGCCAGAAUCAAGGAUCACAUCAAGGACCAAUAAGUUCAGGUCAACACCAAGGACAGCAUCAAGGUAGUCAUCAAGGAAUAAGUCAAGGAUCGCAUCAAAACCAAAACCAGGGAUCUCACCAGGGUCCGAUUAGCUCUAGCGAGCAUCAAAAUCAACAUCAGGGUAGCCAUCAAGGGAUCCAUCAGGGGCAACAUCAAGGACAGCAUCAAGGUCAGCACCAGGGUCCGAUUGGUUCCGGUCAACAGCAGGGAAGCUACCAAGGAAGUCAUCAAAAUGGUAGUGGCCAGCAUCAAGCGCAACAUCAAGGAUCGCAUCAGGGUCCCUUAGGAUCUGGUGAACAUAACGUGCAGGUCGAGUGGAGUCAUCAGAAACCUGGCCAAGGACAGCAACCCGGUCAGUCAGAAGGUCAAGGUCAAGGGCAGGGUCAAGGACAAACACAAGGACAACAACAGGGGCAAGGUCAAGGUCAGGGACAAGGUCAAACUCAGGGACAGAACCAAGGUCAGGGGCAGGGACAAAAUCAAGGCCAAGGGCAAGGACAAGGACAAGGACAAGGUCAGGGACAAGGUCAAGGACAAGGUCAGUGGCAAGGACAGACUCAGCGACCUGGGCAAGGGCAAAGUCAAGGACAAGGACAAGGUCAAUGGCAAGGACAGGGUCAGCGUCCAGAUCAAGGGCAAAGUCAAGGACAAGGUCAAUCACAAGGUCAACUCCCGGGGCAGGAACAAGGUCAAAACCAAGGUCAAUGGCAAGGACAGAACCAAGGUCAGGGUCAAGGGCAGCAAGGGCAAGGACAAAAUCAAGGUCAAUGGCAAGGACAGAACCAGGGACAAGGUCCUAGCCAAGGGCAAGGACAAUGGCAAGGACAACAACAAGGGCAAAAUCAAGGUCAAGGUCAAGGUCAGGGACAACAACAGGGGCAAGGCCAAUGGCAAGGUCAACAACAAGGCCAAUCGCAAGGAACGACUGUACGUCCCACCGGAGUACACAUUGGCAUUGGACCAAAUUUGGCGGGCAUUGGGGGCAUUGGCGCAUCGAUUAGCAUUGGUGGACAACACGGUGGCAUUACCGUAGGGACUGGCAUUUCUCAAACAGGGAUUAGCGGAACGCUCACGACGUCUCACAAUAGUACCACUCACACCGGAGCAACUACGAUCGGCGGCAGUAUCGGCAGUAACCCAGGGAUUCAAGCAAGUACAAGCCACAACUUGACGGGAUCCAUUCUUGGGGCUUCCUUUAAUCACACGUCAGUAAGCAGUGGAUCUUUGGACGGUCAGGGGGUUCAAGGAAUGCACACAGGUUCGAACAGCUUCAACAGCACGCACUUGUCGAUUUCUGGGGGUACCAAUGUGGAAGGUUCGAUCGAGGGAGCACAGGUGACAAUCGGAGGUAUGCUUAAUCACACCGGGACCCUAGCGGUCGGACCGGUUAACGUAAGUAGCACUUCCGGAGGAUCGUUUGGGGGAGUGAUAAGUCCGGAGUACAACGGCGCUGAAGUGAGUGGGAUGCUUACUACGAAUGCCAGUAUUAGUGCGCCUCUUCUAGGGCCCCUGCAAGGUAGCGUAACAGUCGGCGGUGGUGGUAGUGUAGAUAUUGGUAGACCCCCUCAAGAACCAUCCACUGGCUACCCAUACGAACCAAGCCAAGGUCCAGAGCCAGACUAUACUACUCCAUAUCCGGGAUAUCCAGCGACUGCCAGUGGAGUGCAGCCUCCAACCCGACCGAUCGACACCGGUUCACCUCCACCGAGUGGAAACAACAAUCAGUAUCCACCGAAUCCCAACUAUCAGGUGGCCGUUUCUCAGUUUCCCUAUUUCUUCGUUCCUUAUCCUUACCCUCCUCCGUCAAAUGUUCCACAAAGUCCCUGCAAUUGCCCUCAGGAUCAGAAUCGACCGAACCAGCCAACAGGUUACCUCGGAUUUAUCCCAGUCAUUUACGUGCCCAACUGUGGAAACCCGAGGAGUGAACUUCCUACGCACAUCAACUGGCCGGCUCCUCCACCACCUAAUGGAUAUGGUCGGGCUCUGGAGGAUCUACCCAUUACACGAUUAGUCCAGGGAACGGAUGGAAGCUGGAAUCUUCAGCAGCCACCAAGAGCUCACCUAAAUCGAACACGACGAUUACGAAGUCGAAGACCUCCACUGCUUCAACUUUCCGGACUACCGUUUGGCAAAAGGCAACCGGAUCAGGAGACGCAAAUCGAGCCGGUAUAAGAAGAAAAAGUGAGUGAGAAAGUACGCGCAUGAUUGAUAGAGAGAACCUGCACGAGUAAAGACUGGAUUUGGACGGGCAGCUUGGAUGGCGUCCAUAGGCAGGUGGACGUGACAAGAAAAUACUCAUUUGAAUUUAAGUAUCGUGAUUUAGAAUCAAUAGUUGUCAGUGUAGAAGAAACAUUGCUCCGUUUCACCUCAGCUCAUUGUGUGUCAUUUGUGUGUUAUCACCAUUCAUUGAUCGUCUUGGAAAAGUAUUGAAAAGUUUUCAUCAUUCUUGAUAACAAUAAAAACAUCGCAUUAACUGUAUUGAAUUUGCGAGAUCAACGUUCCUUUCAGUUGUACUUAUUUAU